CCCUCUUCAAAAGACAACUCGGAAAUGGCGAGUGUGUGUCAAGAGGGUGGCUGCUGUCUUCCCCCUCGAAGGGUGCAGUGUUUUGUUUCGCAUCCUCCUGCUCCGACUCCGCUCGGCUGCGUCACCCGCGUCAUUGCUGGAGCACGACCACGGGCAAGAUUUCUGAAGAGCUGCUACGAAACGGUUUUAAAAAGCCGACGCUGGUGUAACUGUGAUAACGGGUACCCUCAUCACACUGCAUCGCCUCCAACACCGACAGACCGAGACAGGAAGGCAGAGAGCCAGGAGCCGCAUGGAGAUGUGGACACUGUCAUCCUGGUCCGGCUUUCACCAUUCGGAGACCCUGUUCCCUCAGAGUCCUGUAGCUCCACUUUCCACAUCGAGGGAUGUCGAUUAACAGCGGACAGGAACCUCUACAACAUUGCGGAUGCAGUUCUUCUCCACCACAGAGACAUCAGAGCGGAUCUGUCCAACCUGCCUCCUGCACACAGGCCCCCCUUCCAGAAGUGGGUCUGGAUGAACUGGAUGAGUCACCAGAUAAUACUAAAAAAAACCCUGGUUUCGCACAACUCUUCAUUACAGACAGGACUCUCAUAUUGUGGUGCCUUCUGGGUCCCUCGUUCCCAGCAAGACACAUACGGAAUUUAAUCCACCAAAGAAGGAC